UCUUCACAGUAAAUUAAUACAUGUUAUUGAUCCAAAUCUAAUUUAUUAUAUAUUCUUAUUUCUAAAAAAUUAUGUAUAGUCUAUAGUAUUUUAAUAAUUAUAGUAUAAUAUAAUCUAUAGUAUUUGCUUCUAAUUUCAAUCUUCAAAGUCUUUACUAUUAUUAGUAUUUAUCUUUUACUACAAUAUUAUAGUUAUUUUUAAAUCAAUUCCUUUCAAAUCACCUGUAAGUAUAUUUUAUUACAAAGUUAUAAGUAUAACUAAUCCAUACGAAUACCUUUGUUAAUUUGAGUUAUUUGUAAUAAAUUAUAAAUUAUUAUAUUUAAGAAUUUUUAUUUCAUUUUCUUCUACUAUCUUAUAUUUUAUGUUAGUUUCCUAUUAAAGGUUACUUUACUGCUGAAUUAUUUAUUUUCACUGUAAUUUGAUUGUUCAUUAUUUUAAAUAUAGGUUUUUUUUUUAGUUGGCAAAAAUGCCGGAAAAAAUAGGGGUGUAAUGUCAUAGGGUCCUAUCACUGGUAGCUUCCCUUCUCAUUGUCCCUUCCCGUCAUAAAUUGUGUGUCAUAUUUGCUUAUUGUAUUUUUUUUUUUAUAUACAGAUUGUAAAAGUCAUUUUUUAAUAAAAAAAAAAAAAAAGUUUUUUUAGAUUUUGAGUGGAGUAAAGAAGCUUAUCAUUUUACAAUGAUGUUUAUUAUUAUUAUUUUUUAUUUGAACAACUUUUCUACCAAAUAUUCUGCUCUGAUUUACAAGUGUAACACUUUUUCUGAAAGGCAAUUUGACUGGGAAAUUACCUCCAUCUCAAAAGACAAUUUCAACCGGAUUUAUUUUUAAUAAAAUGUAAAGAUAAAUGUACAUGUGUAUAUAUAUAUAUAUAUGUCUAUUAAUGUCUAUUUAAGUUGAAGAUACAGUGAAAUCUAUGUAACAGACAAUUACGGAACCAUACAAAUUAUCCGUAAUAGACAGGUACGAGAUGUGGCAUUUGCAAAGAAAAAAACAAGCUGACAUACUUUGCACGAUUGGUGGGCCACUGUUGUAGGUAAAAAGUUAGGAAGGUUGAAGGGAAAUUUAAUGUAUAUCAUGAGGCAACAAUUAAUCAUUGCUAAUGAAAAACAAUUUUGCGCGGAAUUCAGUUAUACAUAUUUUGAUAGGCUGUAAUAUUUAAAAUUUGAAAAUAAUACAUUUCUUAAUUGUUCCAUUUUUCCCACUUAUUACGGAAACCCCUGAGAAAAUCAAAAAAUUACCAUUCUUAAGUACCACCCCAAUAAAAUUUCCUUUUAAAAAAAGUGGUACACUUUAAAAUUUAAUCAAAAUUUCUGGUAGAAAAGUUGUUUGCAGAAAAAAAAUCAAUACAUUUAUCACUUCAUUCAGAAUCAAUUAAAAUCAAAACAGAGACAAAUGUAUAACACUAUAAUGGAGAAGCAAUAAAAAAAAAGAACUGUAAAUUCUUUAACUUUAAUACAUAUUUCUGGAUAAUUCUGUAUGUAAUCUGUCAUAAUUGGUAUUUGAAAUAGACUAGUGACUGUUGUAUGGUAUGUAUGUACAGUGUACAUAUUUGAAAUAUAUUUGAUUUUGAACUAAAAUAGUUGUCCUUUAUCAAGGUAUUAAGGAAAAAUAUUAAAGUCCGUGUCCGUAAUAGAAAGAGUUUGUUAUAGACAGGUCGAAAUAGAUUGAAAUGCCUAUCUUUUUUAUGAAGAUAUUAUUUUGUCGGUUAAGAAAUUUGUCAGUUAUAUACAGGUGUUAAGACAGGUUUCAUUGUAAUUAAAUUUAUCUCUCAGUAUUAGGUAGGUAACCUAUAUAAUGAAAAUGUUAUAAUUUUAUAUUCUCACAGCGCUAUGUCUAGUCGUGAAGGAGGAAAGAAAAAGCCUUUAAAAAAUCCCAAGAAAGAAAAUAAAGAACUUGAUGAAGAUGAUCUUAAGAUGAAACAAAAGUUAAAAGAACAACAAAAAGCAUUAAAUGAUUUGAAAUGCAAAGCAGCACAAAAAGGUCCAAUGGUUGGUGGCGGAAUUAAAAAGUCAGGCAAAAAGUAAUGAAUAUUAAAAUCUAAAUUUUUAUAUUAUUAAAUAAAAUGAUUGAUCAUGGUUUAAGAACAAAUCCUGUAUGUUAACUCCAAUUUAAAUAAAAUAUAAUGUUUAAUGUAAACCUAAUUAUAAUUUUAUUUAUUAAUUUUGUUCUCUAUUUUGUAUUAUUAUAUUCAUAAUUGUUUGAAAACAAGUUUUCUAAAUUUGUUUACGGUUAUCCAAUCUGACUAAAAUAUAAAGCCUAGUUUCACAAGGUUGACUUUUUUAUGUCAAUAUUUUGCCCUUAGAUUAUGUGGAAUGUUUUAAGUUAAUGACUUUGAUUUGAUUGAUUUUAAAUUUUAAGUAAAUCUUAUAAAUACUGUCAAUGUAUAAAAUUAUUUCAUGGGUUUUUUAUUCAUACUAUUUAUUUUAAUAUUCAAUAAAUAACAUUAGGAGAGUGAAAAUUAAGAUUAUCUUUACAUUAUUAUUUUGGCAAUAAAAUAUUUUAAAACUAAAGUUAUUAACUUAGACAUUAUAAUUAUUUUACUUUUUAUUGGCAUUAAAAACAAUAAUUAAAUUUAUGUAUAUAAAAUCAAUAUAAUAUAUUUAUAAUUUCAAUUGGUUACAAAAUUAUGGUUUAUAAAUAAUUUUUUUUUUAGUUUAUAAACAUAUUGUUUUAAAUGAACAACUUAAUAUCAAAUAUAAUAAAAAAAGUUAUGUAAUUUAAUAUAUUAAUAUGUCUAUUAUAUUAUAAUAAACAUUGUUGUAAAUUUAAAAUAAUAUUAAGAAGAGACAGCGAAACUAAUGCAAUCAUCAAAGAUUAAUUGAUUUUUAAUAUAAUAACGAAUAUUAACAAAAUUCUAACAGAUCCACUUUCUAAUGAAAUUUUAAUUUUUCACAUAAUCAAAAAUAUCCUAAAUUGUACAUGACAAUAGUUAAUCAUAUAAAUAAAUUAAAUCUACUUUAACCGACCUUAUCUUGUUGACAUUGUAAAUUUAAUAUAUAAUUCCUUUAGAUGAUAGACUUUUUAAAGUUUUAACUUUAUAUAUGACAAUGAAUAAUAGACAUACCAACGGAGUAAAAACGUUUUCAUAACUCGGUAAAGAAAUGUAUAGUAUUAGGUUAGUUGUCCGUUAUCAACAGCAUGGAUUUUAUCAAAGGCCUAUCAUUGUGCUGUGUGUAAUGCAUAGACAUUAUUAUGUCUGGUAUAAUGUGGAGAAUACAUUCAUACUGUUAUUAAAGAUAUAUCUUUAAUCAUGAUUUAUACUUUAGAAAAUAGGUAAACAAAAAUUUUAAAAAAAUGGAAUAAUAUAUUGUUAACCUGUUGGCCUAAAAAUGACUAAAAAAAGGUGUCCUAGGGUAAUGGGGAAAAAUUCAGCUACUGUUAUAGGUAAUUUAAUGUAUAUAUGUAAGCAACAAUUAAUCAUUGCAACCAAAAAAAAUGAUUCUUAGCGGAGUUUGUUGAUAGUGUUGCUUCCUCAACAAUAUAUAUGUCAUAUUAUGGUAAAAUAAUUACAUAUGCAUUAUAUAUUUCCUUUAAUAAUAUUUGUUUAAUGUUAUACUGGUUUUCCCAGUUUUCCAAUGUUUUUCCAUUUAUUGGGAAAAUCAAAAAAUGACCAACCUAAUAUACCUCCCCAAUCUGAUUGUCUUUUGGAAAAAGUGCUAGCAUUGUAAAUUGGAGCAAAAUUGUUGGUUAAAACAGUUGUCUAAAGAAAUAAAAAAAAAAUAAACAUCAUUUGAAAAUCAAUACAUUCCUCGCUUCAUUCAGAAUCUAAAAUGAUUACCAAAUAACGAUGAAAUAACCGUUUUUGUUAAUCAUUUCCAUUGAGAUUCGCAAAACAUUUGAUUUUCAAAAUGAAGAGAACAUAAUUUGAAAUGUAUAAUAUUAUAUUUGUUUGCAUCAAAUUGCAGGUCAUUUCUAUGACUAUUUAUUAGCCAUUGAAUCAUUCUAAAAAUGUAUUCUUUGGUUUACUAUCAAUUCAAAUCAAUCCAAAAUAUACAACUUACCUGCCUUGAUUGUUCAGACAGAAGACUAUAACUUGAAUCAUUACAAUUAUCGCAUGUAGUUGAACAAUUUAAAUAUGCAUUGCUUAUUAAGAGUAUUUAGUUCAACAAGUGCAGCUACUGUUAUAGGUAAUUUAAUGUAUACCCAACGAUAAACCAUUGCUUACAAAAAAAUGAUUCAGACUUCAAACUUAAGCUUUAAAAAAGGCUCUUUUUCUGAUGUAUUUAUAUAUAACCAAACAAUUGUGACUACAAUCUAUAAAAUAGGUGAUCCCACAGAGCUUACAAAUUACAGACCAAUAUCAUUAGUUUUAGCUAUGUCUAAAUUACUAGAAAGACUAGCAAAAAUCCAACUAUGAUUUUGUGAAUAUACUGGUAGCAAAUUUAGCUUAUAGUGCACUGAUAGAGGUAAAUUAUAUUUAGGUAAAUUUUUAGAAGAAAAAAGGUUGAAUCAGUGUAAUGAAAUAUGAACAAUUUUAAACUUACAUUAUGUAAGCCUAAAACGACCUUAAUUAAUAUAGUUAUAUAUAAUAUACAGAGGAAUAAAUAUCUAUAAUCAAUUGCCAUACAAAAUUAAACAAAUUAAUAAUAACCAACAUUUUAAGUUACCUAAUUAAAAAAAUAUAUACAAAUCUAUUCAACUAGUCUUACUAUUUUUCACCUUAUAUAAUAUCUAGGUAUUCAACUAUUUAAAUUAAUUACAUUUUUUUUUCUUUAGUGAUAGUAUGUAAAUCACAUAUAAUGUUAAAUGUAUACAAUUUUUAUGUAUUAGAUAUAUUAUCAUCAUAAUUUAUCAAUUAAAUUUGAUAUAUAAGACUCCCAAAUCUCACCUAACAUUACCAAGAAUAGCUUAAAGAAAUUGAGUAUGAACAAUUAUAUUAUUAUAUUAAGUAUGUUUAUACAAUUGUAACACUUAUAAAACCACUAUGAAAUAUUCUUUAGAUUCUAAAAAUUAUUAAAAUAUGAUCUAUAGGAAAUGCCACACCAAUGUUUAUGUAUGUAUGUAUUUUAUUUAUUUAUCUAAACUAUUUAAAUGAUAAUUAUAAUAAUAUUAUUUUUUUUCACUACAAAUCUAUAAUAUUUUUUAAAAAAAGCAAUGAGUAUUCUGUUGUAUAGAUCUGUAUAACUUACAAUAAAAAGGCUAUUGAAAAAUCACAUCGGCUGAUUACUGUGACGUUAUACUACUACAUAACCUUUUUUUUUUUUUGCGCUUCACAUCGUGCAUUAUUGCAUAUUUAUUGCUUAUUUAACACCUUCAAUUCAAUUUUCACGCAUUUUGAGAACCACUGAGCUCUCUUAUUAAAUAUUACUAGCAAACAUCCGUAAAAUUACGAUUUUUAUUUUUUAUCAGUUUUUGAAGAAGUCAAGGAACUAUUUGUAGUACAAAUGAAGAAUUAAGAUAUAUCUUAAUUUGUCGUCUGCAGUCACUUAAAUUAAGUGCCGUACUAUUUUAUAUAAUCAUGGAUAAACGAUUUUCUAAGAUUGCUGUUGAUCCUAAAUUUAAACGUAUACCUAAAGGUGAACGUAAAGUCAAGAUUGAUAAACGUUUUCAAUCUAUAUUCAAUGAUAAACAAUUCAAAGUGAAAUAUACUAUUGACAAAAGAGGAAGACCUCUACAUACUUCUACUACUGAAGAUUUUAAAAAAUUCUAUCAUUUAUCUGAUGAAGAAAAAGAUGAUGUUACAAAUUCUGAACAAAAUUCAAGUGAUGAUAUUAUUGAAGAAACAGACAAACAACUUUUCACUGAUGAUGAAGAUAAUGAUGAAAAAAACAUAAUCAGUAAAGAAAUCAAUUGUCAUCUAAAAGACACAAUAGAUUAUGCUAGAGGCAAUGGUGUACUGCUAUCUGACAGUUCGUCAGAUGAUGAUACAUCUACCGACGAAGAAAAAGAAGGUAAGUAUCUAAUUAUUAAGUAAUUAAGUAUAGAAUAUUAAAUUAAAUUAUAACAUGUUUUGUUAAUUUCCUACAGAAAAUGUAGAACAUGGUUGGGGUGAACUAGACAAAGAUGCUGAUAAUAUUGAAGAAGCAACAUUUAGAUUAGCAUUGUGUAAUAUGGAUUGGGAUAGAAUACAGGCUACUGACUUAAUGAUUUUAUUCAAUUCUUUUUUACCAACUGAUGGCUUUAUUAAAACAAUAACUGUAAAUACAUAAAAUAAUAAAAAAGUAUACAUUUUACUCUAAAAUAUUUUAUUCUUUAUUAUAUUUAUGAAGAUUUAUCCAUCCGAAUUUGGCAUGAAACGAAUGCAAGAAGAAGAAGUUACAGGACCUCCUGAACUUAUUUCUAGUAACCCUAAGAUAGUUGAUUCAUCUGAUGAAAGUGACCAAGUGAGAUUCAAAUACCUAUAUUUAACCAGGUUUACAAAUUAAACCAAUUACUGUUUUUGUUCUCUUAUUUUGUUAUUAUUAGGAAGAAGAAGAAGGUAACAAAUUCCAUAUGGAAAAACUUCGAAAAUAUCAAUUAGCAAGAUUAAAGUAUUAUUAUGCUAUUAUUGUUUGUGAUUCUCCAGAAACUGCCAAUAAAAUAUAUACAGAGUGUGAUGGCUUAGAAUAUGAAAGUAGUGCUACACGUUUGGAUUUAAGAUUUGUACCUGAUGAUACUGUGUUUGAUCAAGUAAUUAUUUGUUAGGUGUGAAUUUAAAACACAAUAUGGGUAUUCUCUUUUAUAAAAAAAUAAUUUAUUAUAGUUUCAUAAUAAGCUGUCCUGCCCUGUAUUGGCCGUGCCAAACAAAUGUAUAAUUCAAACAUUGCAAACAUUUCCCCUUGGAUUUUCUAUUUCAAUUUCCAUCAUUAUCACUGUAGUUAAGGGUUGUUGUUCUUAAAUUUUAAAAAAUACAUUUUCUUUUCAUACUUAUAUAAAUUAAUUAUAUGGUUGUUAUGUUAUAAAAAAUAUCUGAUAAUUUAUUAUUUUUAUCCAGUCAAAGCUACUACAGAUUAGGUCUACUACUUCUACUUGUUUGGUUAGUUUAUCAAUCGAAGAUUUCAAUAACCUUAAUUGCUUAAAAGCUUGUCCACAAUAUAAUUUAAAAAAUACAACAUAACAAUUGUACGUGCAGUUUCAGAGAUUACUAAUUACAAAACAUUUCACAUUUAUAUACAUAUAUAUAUAUGAGGGGCUUUAAUGCAAAACAUGCUUUUUCCAUUUUUAAGGAAAUUAUGUUGUACAUUAAUUAUUAUGAUAAAUUGUAUGGACAAUUGAACGGUGCCAUUAUUAUUAGCUUAAACAGUAUUUUUUCUUAAAAAAAUGAUAAUUAAAAAGCUGCGUUUUCUGCAAAAUGUUCCAUUUCCAAGAUAUCCUUUAAUGCAAAACUAAUUUUUUCCAUUUUAAUUCAAAACCUAUAUAUUCCAGAAAAGGUCUGUUUUGCAAAAAAAAAAUUUUUUUUUAAAUCCCAAUAAAACAAUAAAAAUCAUUAAAUAGAAAAGAAUGAAUUUAUAAACAAUACCAGAAUAUUUUUAGUUUUUUUUAAUACUCUUAGGUGUGGUCUACACCAAUUCAAAAAUCUUAAAUAGUAAAUUUGCCCUACUGAAAAAUAAGAAAAAAAGGAUAAAGUAUGUUUUGCAAUGAAACCCCCUCAUAUAUUUGUUUUAAGUUUAGGGGUUUAGGGGGAGAGUAGUAGAGUACUAAAAAAAUUCCGGCUCUGUGCUGCCUCAUAAAUGACACUCUGCUACUCUCCCUACCUAAACUUUAAAGUGAAAUAUCUUGUUAAGGGGUUGACAGAAAUCAAAAAUUUCACCAUCAAAAUUUAUUUUAAGUAAUAUUUUGUCUUUUCCGAAUUUUUAGUAUAGGUUCUCAUUUGACAAAUCCAAAGUUGAUAUCACUACAGUUGGAUUCACUUUAUAUGUUGUAAACAAUUUUAUUUAUUCAAAAAUAUUGGCUUUAGCUACACUUUAAAAUUCCAAAACUUAGAAUUUAAAUAUAUGCAAAAUUUAACCAAAAAAUAUGGAGUGAGCAUGAUUAGUGAAUCACCCUGUGUAUAUAAACAUGUAUUGAGGUAUAAUGCAUUUUAUUAAAAAGAAAAUUGCUUGAACUCGUCUAGAAAGAGAUAUAAAAUAUAAAUAAUUAAAAGUAAAUAAAAUAAAUGUAAAAUGACUAGGUAUUAUUAUAUAAUUACUAAUUAAAAAAAAAAAUAUUUUUACACUUGCUAGCUUAAAAAACUUGUUCACAAAUUCAUUAAUAUAAUAUAUUUGUUAUCGUUUUUUUAUAAUAUGUAAUAGUUGUUAAUUAUAAAUUAAUGUUACAUACUAUUUACAGGAGCCAAAAGAGGUAUGUGAUAAAUUACCAGAUUUGAUUAAAUACAAACCUCACUUAUUUACUACAACUGCCUUACAACAAGCUAAAGUAAACCUUACAUGGGACGAGACAGACCCAAGGCGCAAUGAAUUAGUUAAUAAACUUAAGACAAAUCCUAAAAGUGAAAUCGAUGAUAAUGAUUUACAGAAAUAUGUAGCUUUUAGUUCAGAAAAUGAGAGUUGUGAUGAUGAGACUAAACAGUCAUUUGAAGAGAAUGAAGAGGAUAGUGGUUCUAAAAUAAAUUCGAUUGACAAAUAUAAAGAAUUAUUACAAAAUAUACAACAAGAAGAAGAAAUAAAAGCUAGUAAAGAUACAGAAUUGGAAAUUUCAUGGGGUAUUGGUUUACAAGAAAAAGUACAAAAAUCAGUUAAUGAAAAAUCAAAGAAAAAUUUAACACCAUUCCAGAAAAUGAUGGAGAAAAAGAGAGAGAAAAUAAAAGAAAAACAAAAGUUAAAAAGAGAAUUAAAUAUGACAAAAGAUAAUGAAACUGAUUCAGAGAAUGAAAGUAAGCUAAAUAAACAACAAGCUGAAUUAGAAUUGUUAUUAAUGGAUGAAGAACCAAGUGAAAAACAUCAUUUUAAUAUGAAAAGAAUUCAAGAAGAAAAAACUAAAAGUUCCAAAAAAAAGAAAAAUAAGAAAAAUAUAAUUCAAAAAGACACUGAUGAUACUUUCUCUGUAUGUUAAUAAAAUUAAAAGAACACUGCAUCCACUUGAGUUGUCUCUGUCUUACUAAUGUAUACGAUUUGUUUGUUCAGCAGGGACAACUUUAUUCUACUAAUCUUAAUAUUAGAGUCAAUUGACUUUUUCCCCUACUUAAAGAUAAGAACAUUAUUUAUGCAACUACAUCUCAUUUUUCUCUAUAUUUUUAUUAUUAAAUGAGAUAUAAACAUUAUUAAAUUGUAUAUCACUCAUAUUUCGUUUUCAAAUUAAAAUAUUAAAAAAAAAAAAAAUCAACAUAACUGUUCAGAAUGUUCUUAUUUUCAAAUUCGAUAGUAGAUAAAUUUACUAAAAUAUUAAAAUUAACUGCAAAAUGUUGUUCCUGCUAAAGGAAUAUUUGUUAUAUAGUGUGUAAGAUGGAGAAAAAACAUGCAGUUGUAAUGUUUUCUUAAUAAACUAUUAUCCAUUAUAUGUUAAUUAUUCAUUUUCAUAAUUUUUAGGUUGAUGUAAAAGAUGAUCGAUUUUCUGCAUUGUAUACAUCUCAUCUAUUUAAUAUUGACCCUACUGAUCCAAAGUUCAAAAAAACCAAAGGCAUGGAGGCAUUUAUUUGUGAAAAAGCAUCUAGAAGACAACUGUAUGAUUCUGAAAAAGUUAGAUAUGAUUUUUUUUUUAUUGACAAUUUACUGAAUAAAUUAGUUUAUAAUAAUAAUAACUAUUAUUUUUCAUUUAUAGGUUGAUACUGAAGUUCAGCCAAAAAAGAAAUUAAAGCAAUCAAUUAUUAAUCCAGAACUAUCUAACCUUGUAAAAUCUAUCAAAAGUAAAACUAAACAUACUAAAUAAAUGUCAGUAUUGUAAUGGUUUAUAUUGAAGUGGCAAACAUUAUUAUUAUCUAUAUUAUAUAUUAUGACGUAGGAGUACAUGUCAUAAAAUAUUUAAUGUCAUCUACAGUGGGUUACAUAUAAAAUAUUACUUUUAUCCUAAGAAAUAUAUAAUGAAUGAGUUGGUUCAUUCCAAAAUACAAAAUAUUGGUUAUGAUAAAAAAUAAUUUAAUAAAAACAAAAUAAAUAUCCAAAUAGAUCAUAACCAAUGAAAAAUAAUAUUUUAAUAAUGGAUAUCAUGAGAAAUUAUAUUUUGAUG